AUGUCACCUUAUGAGGCUGUAUAUAGUAGAUCUCCACCAACAACCUCCAGUUACUUUCCUGGAACUACAUCAGUUCAUGUUGUUGAUCUCAACUUGCUAGCACGAGACCAUAUACUCAAAUUACUUAAAUUCCAUCGAGAAGCUGCUCAAGCAAGAAUGAAGUCUUAUGCUGAUAACCUCCAUACUGAGAGGAGUUUUGCAGUAAAUGAUUGGGUAUUCCUUCGUUUACAACCUUAUAGACAAUCCGCAGUGGCGACUCAAACGUAUUCUAAACUAUCUCCUCGAUUCUAUGGACUUUUUAAAAUCAUUGCAAGAAUAGGGGAAGUUGCAUAUAAGUUAGAAUUUCCUGCUGAAAGUCGUAUUCAUCCAGUUUUUCAUGUUUCACAACUAAAACUUAAACUUGGUGCUUCUAUUAUUGCUGAGAUAGUUUUACCUAAUGUUAUUGAUUAUGAAAAGUGGGAACCGGAAGCUAUACUGGAAAGGAAGAUGUUCAAAAAAGAUAAUAAAGCUGGAACUAAAUGGUUAGUUCAAUUGAAGGAUCAUUCUCCAGAAGAAGCUACAUGGGAAGAUGCAGAUGAUAUCCUUUUGUGUUUUCCAGAUAUUGAAGCUUGA